AUGGACACAACACAUGGGCACAAGACAUGGGCACAAGCCAUUUACGCAAGACAUGGGCACUACACUUGGACACAACACAUGGACACAACACAUGGACACAAGACAUGGGAACAACACAUGGACACAACACAUGGGCACAAGCCAUUUACGCAAGACAUGGGCACUACACUUGGACACAACACAUGGACACAACACAUGGACACAACACUUCUACACAACACAUGGACACAUAACAUGGGCACAACACAUGGACACAACACAUGGACACAACACAUGGACACAACACAUGGGUACAAGCCAUUUACGCAAGACAUGGGCACAACACUUGGACACAACACAUGGACACAACACAUGGACACAAGACAUGGGCACAAGUCAUUUACGCAAGACAUGGGCACAACACUCGGACAUACUACAUGGACACAACACAUGGACACAAGACAUAGACAGCAGACAUGGGCACAACACUUGGACACAACACAUGGACACAACACAUGGGCACAAGCCAUUUAA